UUUUUUUUCCUUCGUUUCUUUUUUUCUUUUUCUCUUUUGAUUGACAGUUACAAUAACCAUGGCAGAAGAUAAUAAUCAGUCCUCAGAUACACAAGAAAGACAAAAACAAGAUAUCAAAAGACUUUUAUCUGGUCAAACAAGCAACAAUCAUCAAGAUAAGGAGAUACCAACAGCCACUUCUUCUCCUGCUGUUACUCCACUUCGUGAAGAUAAGUUGAAACUGGCUGUUUCCUUUUUAUCCUCUCCUAAUGUGCGUUCGGCAGAAAAAUCAAAGAAGAUAGCUUUUUUGAAACAAAAGGGUCUCACCAUGCCUGAAAUAGAUGAAGCUUUCAAACGAGCAGAUAUGACACCUCAACAACCACAACCACAAGAACAACAACAAUCUACUCAGACUUCUGUCCCUUCACCAAUUCCUGUAUCCAGAACCCAAGCAUCUUCCUUGCCACCUGUUGUACCUACAAGACCACCUAUGCCUCGACCUACUCACAUUGUCUAUUAUUCAACACCAGAACCAGAAAGACUGACGGGAAAACGUAUGACUGCACUUGCUUUGAUUUUUGGUGUUGGGGCUGUAGGACUCACUGCUGGUCUAGUGAGCGUUGUCAAGGCUUUCAUCUCACCCAUUUUCAACUCGAUUAUUGAAUACCAACGAAAUCGAUACAAUGACCGGUAUGAGAAGCUUGGACGUUUGAAUGAUACAUUACGACAACAACUGGGCGAAUUACCAAUACCAACGAUACUCGAUGACAAGGAUAAUGUAGAAAUACAAAAAUCUGGAUACUGGACUCCAUUGAUCAAUGAACAAAAAACACUGAUGGAUAGUUUGGAACGAUUAGUGACAUUGUCUCAACAACGAACAAAUGACAAAGACACUUAUAGUAGCUUUAAGACCACCUUGCUAGAUCUCAAAACAAUACUUCAACGACCCGAAUAUAGCUUUUCAUCUUAUACACCCUUCUCCAUGUAUGGUUCUGCCUACGCCAACCGAAGCAAUACUGGAUUUGAUGAUGCGGCCGUUCAAAGUGUCAAGAGUGAAAUACGUAGUUUCAAAGGUAUGUUAUUAAGUCGACGCAAUUUCCCCACUGCACAAAUCAGACCUUCUUCUACAACAACAGUGGCAACAUCAACACCAUCAUCCGCAACACCUAUCGUUGAUGACGGUAUGACUCCUACUGAAAAUACAACAUCUACAUCAUCCACUGCUUCUCAUCAAUCGUAUCACCCUCGGCAACGUCAAUCCUAUCGAUCCGAAUUACGUGCUCAAACGCUUGCAGCGACUACCACUACUGAAAAAACCGAUACACCACCCAACACUGACAAACAAGGUAUUAAAGGAAACACAACAGCCAUCGAAGAUAUCACCGACAAGAAUGACGCCCAAUAGAGUUUAGAUAUAGUUAGAUUUGGAACCUUAGUUAGUUGAUGUAUUUAUAAUAAUAUUAUGGUAUACAGUUUAUUUAUUAUGUGAUUUUUGUAUCAAAUCAAUAAUAAUAAUAAAAAAAAAGAAUGUUGAAAAUUGA